CUGUUUUUUCCAGCACCACUCUCAUCUAGAAUCUGGUUUCCAGCAUCUGCAGUCAUUGUUUUUACCUAAAAUCUGCCUAACAACAGGCCUAGGUGAUAACAGCUGUGCAAGUGAAGCAGAAGUCCAGAUUGAGUUACUUGCUAAAAGGUGUAAGGUUUUUACAUAUGGAGACAAUGGCAGCAGAAUCUAUGUUUACAAUGGUUGGUCUGCUAGUAUCUAAAGUGCCUGGAAGAUGUCAAAAAUGGCAUGUUGUAAUCAAUCAAGCAUUAAACCAUGCAUUUAUGUGCAAAAUUAGAUAGAGUUUUGGUUUCAUAGAUAGCUAUAAAAAACAAGGUUGAUGUAAUUCACAUUGCCAUGAAGAUAAAUCAAGAUCCAGAAGAGAUUGAGCAAGAGGCAAGCAUCUGUGGUUUAUUGUAAAGGAAUGUGAGGUGAAUUACUUCACACUUUGAUUGAUAAGACCAAAUUCAGGAGGAUUUUAAACAAGGCUGGAGAAUUUCACCUUACUUGUGCUAGAGGGUGAAUCAUCAAGAAAAACCUUAACUGUGGAAGACAAAUCUGGGUUUAAGAGUUAAACAGCUGGAAAAGAAAGGGAAGAGAAAUAAACCCUCAUGAGUUAAGAAUUAUUUUACACAGGGUCCAGGAAAAAAAAUGACUGCUUCUGGGACAGUGUCAUGUGCACCUUUGAAGUGAGUGUUUAUAGUAAAUGGGGCAAGAUCUGGUUUGUAGUUUAAAAUAUAGGUUACAUAGAAAUUGUGCUUACUUAAUAGGAGUUUUUGUCUGUUUGUUACAGUAAAGUUCGUAAAUCAUCAAUUUUAAUGUGAUACCCUUUCAGCUUUCACUGGAAGUUUAAUUUUCAUUUAUAUCAUCAUUUAUAUUACCAGUUUCCACAGGGAUCAUAACAUAUGUUAUGAUAUUUCUAACAUUUAAUAAUGCCUCACAGCUUGUAGGGUUUCCAGCGUACUAAUGCUGGAACUAUUGUCUAUCUCCAGAAUUUCUAUUGCAUUUGUCUCAAGUAUAUUUUGCUCAUUUGUCACCUAUUACAAGUACCCUGUGAGACAGUAAAGCAAUCUUAAUGUCUAAUGCAUCAAAUGAAUCUCUGAGUCAAAUUACUGUUUGACUUCUGUUGUACCAAUUUAGAAUUGUCUGUGAGCUCACUUGCCACAUGCAUUAAUGUACAAGAAUCUGUUCUUUGCAGACAGGAAGAAGAAUUGGCACACACUGCUAUAGUUAUCCAAACUCAGAACAUAUUUUCAGGGGUCAAAAAAAAUUCUGAGAUUUUAUCUUUAUAUAUAAAAAGUUGAAAAACAUUUCAAUUUUUAAGCAAGAAUAGAAUUUUCAUCUCUACAGACUUACAAUGUUCUGGACUAGAUUGCUUUCAAAACAAUAUAUGUCAUUUCCUGAAGACCUUUUCUCGAAAUAGCCUCAAUUGAUCAGAGUUGACUUGCAAAUCAAUUGGCAAUCGUUUUGCAUUCAAUGGAAACUUUAACACCUUUGAAAUUGGAAGGCUUGUGUCUGAAUAGAUGAGUGAAAGAUGAAAAACUUUGCAAGCGUGUUCCUUUCUUCAAUAGCAAAUAUAUAAUCUUAUCAGUUUUCCUCAACAGAUGAAAUAUAUUUGUGACAGUCGAAUAAAAUGCAGAUCGUAUGUUGUCUGCUGGAAUAAGAAUAAUCUUAUGGAUCCUUACAUACUGUUUGUGCAUUCAAAAUCAUUUCAAACAGACAGAUGACUACUGAAGUGUAACCACUGUUGUGAUGACAAGAAAUGUGACAGCAACAUUCCAAAAAUGAGAUGAAAUAAAUAAUCAAUUUAGUAAAACUGAAACAAUCCUACUCUUCUUGAAGUAGAGACGCAAAAUACUUACAUCUGCCUGAGAGGGCAGACAGGAUAACAAAUUAACAUCUGAUAUAUUUUUUUAAAUCUCUUCAGGGCUGAAGUGGAAACCAAUUAUGUGCACUGAAGCUUCUCAGGUGGCAUUUUAACUCACAGUCCUCUGGCUUAAAGGUGCUGGUAUUGUCACUGAUGUGAAGCUAACAUCAUAGUGGUCUUGCUGAGCCAUUAUUUGUUUCCAAUCUUCACUCCUAUUACAUGCCAUUGUUAGAUCCAAGACACAGAAAUGACUUGUCUGUAACUUUCUCCAAACUUCAUAUAAAGACUUUUUCAUUUCUAUUUGCAUUUCAGUGGGACUUAGUAUGUGACAAUGGCUGGAAAGGGCCAUUUUCUACGUCAGUAUACUUUAUAGGAGUGCUGGCUGGUUCCUUUAUUGCAGGACAGUUAGCUGACAGAUUUGGAAGGAAGAAAGUUAUGUUUUUAACCUUGGCUUUACAGACUGUAUUUGGCAUAAUUCAAACAUUUUCUCCAAACUGGGAAAUAUUCUGCACUUUCAAUUUUCUUGUGGGUCUCGGGUCAAUUUCAAACUAUAUGGUGGCUGUUGUUCUAGGAUCUGAACUUGUUGGGAAAUCUGUUCGUAUCAUAUAUGCUACAAUAGGGAUUGGCACUUCCUACGCAGCCGGUUAUAUGUUCCUGCCUUUUGUUGCAUACUUCAUACGAAGCUGGGAGAUAUUGAUUUUGACGUUGGCUCUCCUUGGCUUUCUGUAUAUUCCUUUGUGGUGGUUUAUUCCUGAAUCUCCACGCUGGCUUCUGAUAAAGGGAAGGAUACAGGAGGCUGAAGAAAUAAUAAGACAAGCUGCAAAGAAAAAUGAUGUCACCACACCAGUAAUGCUCUUCAGUGAUCUUGAGCUCCAAGAUAUGAAAGCUAAAAGUAAUCAAUCCCAAGCAGUUAUGCACUUGUUUACAACCUCUAAUAUCCGGACUACCACGAUCCUGAACAUUAUAAUAUGGAUGGUUCUGGCAACUGGAUACUAUGGUCUGUCUUUGAAUGUGCCCAAUCUCCAUGGCGAUGACUAUCUGAACUGUUUCUUGAUGGGUGUCAUUGAAGUUCCAGCCGCUAUAGCUGCUUACAUUUUUCUCCAGAGGUUUCCCCGAAGGUUCAGCCUUUCAGGCAUUCUUUUUCUUGGUGGAGUUGUCCUUUUGCUCAUCCAGAUUAUACCUUCAAAUCUUUCAGUUCUAGCCACAGUACUGACGGUGAUUGGAAAAUUUACUAUUGCAUGCGGCUUCCUAAUUGUUUAUGUCUAUGGUACUGAGCUGUACCCAACUGCUGUAAGAAGCAUGGGUGUAGGACUGUCCUCAACAGCUUCCAAAGCAGCCACCAUCAUCUCACCAUACAUUUUCUACCUUGGUCUGUAUCAUGAGUUUCUGCCUUUCAUUGUACUGGGAUGUUUGAUGGUGCUUUCAGCAAUUCUGACCUUGAUUCUGCCUGAGACAUUCAAAAUUCCACUCAAAGACACCAUUGAUCAAAUGGAGAAAAUAAAGAGGUUCAAUUACAAAAGGAAACACAAAGAUCAACCUUAUCAAGGUGAAACAACUAGAGAAAACAAUAUGGUGAUCACUAAAAGGGAGGAUAUAUAACCCAGCCCUGGACACAGAUCGGCAGAAACAGAUAAUGAGCAAUCAAUCCUUUCUUUUCACUUUAUAUCAUAAACAAAUAUUAUGUCCUUUUCAAAUAUGCUUAGCAAUGCGAUUUCUGAGAAGAUUUGUAGCUCAGGAUGAGGUUCAGGUUGUAAGUUUGCUCACUGAGCUG